AUGGAUUUACCCCAGAAGGCAGCAACUCAAACUGAAGAUACAAUUACAUCAUGCGACGUUACCGACAACACUCAUUCCGACCAUGGUGGGGACGAGGAGCAGGCAAGAGGAAACUGGGGCUCGCAAGUGCAGUACCUUUUGACAGUCGUUGGCUAUUGUGUUGGCCUUUCAAAUGUGUUGCGUUUCCCGUACAUCUGCAAAACAAAUGGUGGAGGUGCCUUUCUCAUCCCUUACAUUUCGUGUCUGCUGCUUUGUGGUUUGCCGCUGUUCUUUCUGGAAGUUGUUAUAGGACAGUUCCACGGGAAAGGUGCCGCUCAUGUGUGGGGUGUAUGUCCCUUGAUAAAAGGCUUGGGGAUCGGCAUGCUUAUCAUAUCCGGAGGGGUGAUAGUUUACUACAGUACCACCUGUGCCUGGGCCGUGUACUACAUGAUCUACUCCUGUAGAACAGUUCUUCCCUGGACCAGCUGCGACAACACCUGGAACACUGAGAAUUGUGUUGAAAACAUGAAGUUAAUGACGGCAAGUAGCUCCGCCGUUCCAAACGAAACUCAAGUCAACAAAUCAUUGGCAGUCACCACAAAUCUUACUGACAGCGUUGGGGAGAAUGAAACGUUAUUCCACACUGCAGCUGAAGAGUUCUGGCAAUACAAGGUCCUCAGCAUCAGCUCAGGACUGGAACAUCUGGGAGGCAUCAAGUGGGAACUCGCUCUGUGUCUCCUUGUCACCUGGAUUUUAAUAUUCAGCAGUCUGGUGAAAGGUAUCAAAUCAAUUGGAAAGGUUGUGUACGUGACGGCGACAAUGCCAUAUGUGUUUCUCUUCAUCCUGCUUGUCCGUGGACUGACUCUACCUGGCGGACCACAAGGUGUUCUGUUCUUCAUCACUCCUGAUUUCAACAAAUUAACGGACGUGCAGGUGUGGGUAACAGCAUGUGUUCAGGUAUUUUUCUCACUGGGGCCAGGAUAUGGAGGUCUUAUAUCAAUGGCUAGCUACAACACCUUCCACAGCAAUUGUUUGAGGAACGCAAUCAUCUGUACACUGGCGUGUGGAGGAUCAAGCUUGUUUGCGGGAUUAGUUGUAUUCGCGUUUCUUGGAUCCAUGGCUCACGAAGCCAACGUCCACAUCACAGAUGUUUUGUCCUCAGGGCCCGGUCUUGGCUUUAUCAUUUACCCAGAAGCACUGGCUCAACUUCCGCUCCCACAAAUAUGGAGUGUUCUGUUCUUUGUCAUGCUGAUUUUUCUGGUACAAGAUUCUUUGUUUUCAACCGUAGAAACAGUAAUAUCGGCCAUCUUGGAUGAAUAUUCCUUCCUGCUGAAAUGGAGAAUCCCUGUGACUGCUGCCUACUGUCUCGUGUCGUUUUUGCUGGGGCUUAUAUUCACCACUGAGGAGUUAAUCGUAUCAGUGCCGAUGUUGCACUAA